AUGAAACGCAUCACGACAGAAGCAGAAAAUACCGCGAGACAUAUGUUGACAUUUAUGCCACGACUUAUCUACUGCGUUGAGUUUCCACCGGUUUUAUUUUGUGUGGGAGCCAGCUUCGGGAUAUUUUCCGGAGGCUGGUUAACGUCGACGCGGGAUCUCGAAUGCGGUACUGUUCUCGAAUUAGAGUUCUCCGCGGAAAGAAACUCCGAAAUACUUGUGACAAGAAUUCUGUAUAAUUUUCCAUUGUAUUCGAUCGAGGAAAAAAGAUAA